UUGGUCCUGUGGACCGGUUGGACCAACCGGCCUGUUGGUCCUGUGGACCGGUUGGACCAACCGGCCUGUUGGUCCUGUGGACCGGUUGGACCAACCGGCCUGUUGGUCCUGUGGACCGGUUGGACCAACCGGCCUGUUGGUCCUGUGGACCGGUUGGACCAACCGGCCUGUUGGUCCUGUGGACCGGUUGGACCAACCGGCCUGUUGGUCCUGUGGACCGGUUGGACCAACCGGCCUGUUGGUCCUGUGGACCGGUUGGACCAACCGGCCUGUUGGUCCUGUGGACCGGUUGGACCAACCGGCCUGUUGGUCCUGUGGACCGGUUGGACCAACCGGCCUGUUGGUCCUGUGGACCGGUUGGACCAACCGGCCUGUUGGUCCUGUGGACCGGUUGGACCAACCGGCCUGUUGGUCCUGUGGACCGGUUGGACCAACCGGCCUGUUGGUCCUGUGGACCGGUUGGACCAACCGGCCUGUUGGUCCUGUGGACCGGUUGGACCAACCGGCCUGUUGGUCCUGUGGACCGGUUGGACCAACCGGCCUGUUGGUCCUGUGGACCGGUUGGACCAACCGGCCUGUUGGUCCUGUGGACCGGUUGGACCAACCGGCCUGUUGGUCCUGUGGACCGGUUGGACCAACCGGCCUGUUGGUCCUGUGGACCGGUUGGACCAACCGGCCUGUUGGUCCUGUGGACCGGUUGGACCAACCGGCCUGUUGGUCCUGUGGACCGGUUGGACCAACCGGCCUGUUGGUCCUGUGGACCGGUUGGACCAACCGGCCUGUUGGUCCUGUGGACCGGUUGGACCAACCGGCCUGUUGGUCCUGUGGACCGGUUGGACCAACCGGCCUGUUGGUCCUGUGGACCGGUUGGACCAACCGGCCUGUUGGUCCUGUGGACCGGUUGGACCAACCGGCCUGUUGGUCCUGUGGACCGGUUGGACCAACCGGCCUGUUGGUCCUGUGGACCGGUUGGACCAACCGGCCUGUUGGUCCUGUGGACCGGUUGGACCAACCGGCCUGUUGGUCCUGUGGACCGGUUGGACCAACCGGCCUGUUGGUCCUGUGGACCGGUUGGACCAACCGGCCUGUUGGUCCUGUGGACCGGUUGGACCAACCGGCCUGUUGGUCCUGUGGACCGGUUGGACCAACCGGCCUGUUGGUCCUGUGGACCGGUUGGACCAACCGGCCUGUUGGUCCUGUGGACCGGUUGGACCAACCGGCCUGUUGGUCCUGUGGACCGGUUGGACCAACCGGCCUGUUGGUCCUGUGGACCGGUUGGACCAACCGGCCUGUUGGUCCUGUGGACCGGUUGGACCAACCGGCCUGUUGGUCCUGUGGACCGGUUGGACCAACCGGCCUGUUGGUCCUGUGGACCGGUUGGACCAACCGGCCUGUUGGUCCUGUGGACCGGUUGGACCAACCGGCCUGUUGGUCCUGUGGACCGGUUGGACCAACCGGCCUGUUGGUCCUGUGGACCGGUUGGACCAACCGGCCUGUUGGUCCUGUGGACCGGUUGGACCAACCGGCCUGUUGGUCCUGUGGACCGGUUGGACCAACCGGCCAGUUGGUCCUGUGGACCGGUUGGACCAACCGGCCUGUUGGUCCUGUGGACCGGUUGGACCAACCGGCCUGUUGGUCCUGUGGACCGGUUGGACCAACCGGCCUGUUGGUCCUGUGGACCGGUUGGACCAACCGGCCUGUUGGUCCUGUGGACCGGUUGGACCAACCGGCCUGUUGGUCCUGUGGACCGGUUGGACCAACCGGCCUGUUGGUCCUGUGGACCGGUUGGACCAACCGGCCUGUUGGUCCUGUGGACCGGUUGGACCAACCGGCCUGUUGGUCCUGUGGACCGGUUGGACCAACCGGCCUGUUGGUCCUGUGGACCGGUUGGACCAACCGGCCUGUUGGUCCUGUGGACCGGUUGGACCAACCGGCCUGUUGGUCCUGUGGACCGGUUGGACCAACCGGCCUGUUGGUCCUGUGGACCGGUUGGACCAACCGGCCUGUUGGUCCUGUGGACCGGUUGGACCAACCGGCCUGUUGGUCCUGUGGACCGGUUGGACCAACCGGCCUGUUGGUCCUGUGGACCGGUUGGACCAACCGGCCUGUUGGUCCUGUGGACCGGUUGGACCAACCGGCCUGUUGGUCCUGUGGACCGGUUGGACCAACCGGCCUGUUGGUCCUGUGGACCGGUUGGACCAACCGGCCUGUUGGUCCUGUGGACCGGUUGGACCAACCGGCCUGUUGGUCCUGUGGACCGGUUGGACCAACCGGCCUGUUGGUCCUGUGGACCGGUUGGACCAACCGGCCUGUUGGUCCUGUGGACCGGUUGGACCAACCGGCCUGUUGGUCCUGUGGACCGGUUGGACCAACCGGCCUGUUGGUCCUGUGGACCGGUUGGACCAACCGGCCUGUUGGUCCUGUGGACCGGUUGGACCAACCGGCCUGUUGGUCCUGUGGACCGGUUGGACCAACCGGCCUGUUGGUCCUGUGGACCGGUUGGACCAACCGGCCUGUUGGUCCUGUGGACCGGUUGGACCAACCGGCCUGUUGGUCCUGUGGACCGGUUGGACCAACCGGCCUGUUGGUCCUGUGGACCGGUUGGACCAACCGGCCUGUUGGUCCUGUGGACCGGUUGGACCAACCGGCCUGUUGGUCCUGUGGACCGGUUGGACCAACCGGCCUGUUGGUCCUGUGGACCGGUUGGACCAACCGGCCUGUUGGUCCUGUGGACCGGUUGGACCAACCGGCCUGUUGGUCCUGUGGACCGGUUGGACCAACCGGCCUGUUGGUCCUGUGGACCGGUUGGACCAACCGGCCUGUUGGUCCUGUGGACCGGUUGGACCAACCGGCCUGUUGGUCCUGUGGACCGGUUGGACCAACCGGCCUGUUGGUCCUGUGGACCGGUUGGACCAACCGGCCUGUUGGUCCUGUGGACCGGUUGGACCAACCGGCCUGUUGGUCCUGUGGACCGGUUGGACCAACCGGCCUGUUGGUCCUGUGGACCGGUUGGACCAACCGGCCUGUUGGUCCUGUGGACCGGUUGGACCAACCGGCCUGUUGGUCCUGUGGACCGGUUGGACCAACCGGCCUGUUGGUCCUGUGGACCGGUUGGACCAACCGGCCUGUUGGUCCUGUGGACCGGUUGGACCAACCGGCCUGUUGGUCCUGUGGACCGGUUGGACCAACCGGCCUGUUGGUCCUGUGGACCGGUUGGACCAACCGGCCUGUUGGUCCUGUGGACCGGUUGGACCAACCGGCCUGUUGGUCCUGUGGACCGGUUGGACCAACCGGCCUGUUGGUCCUGUGGACCGGUUGGACCAACCGGCCUGUUGGUCCUGUGGACCGGUUGGACCAACCGGCCUGUUGGUCCUGUGGACCGGUUGGACCAACCGGCCAGUUGGUCCUGUGGACCGGUUGGACCAACCGGCCUGUUGGUCCUGUGGACCGGUUGGACCAACCGGCCUGUUGGUCCUGUGGACCGGUUGGACCAACCGGCCUGUUGGUCCUGUGGACCGGUUGGACCAACCGGCCUGUUGGUCCUGUGGACCGGUUGGACCAACCGGCCUGUUGGUCCUGUGGACCGGUUGGACCAACCGGCCAGUUGGUCCUGUGGACCGGUUGGACCAACCGGCCAGUUGGUCCUGUGGACCGGUUGGACCAACCGGCCAGUUGGUCCUGUGGACCGGUUGGACCAACCGGCCAGUUGGUCCUGUGGACCGGUUGGACCAACCGGCCUGUUGGUCCUGUGGACCGGUUGGACCAACCGGCCUGUUGGUCCUGUGGACCGGUUGGACCAACCGGCCUGUUGGUCCUGUGGACCGGUUGGACCAACCGGCCUGUUGGUCCUGUGGACCGGUUGGACCAACCGGCCAGUUGGUCCUGUGGACCGGUUGGACCAACCGGCCUGUUGGUCCUGUGGACCGGUUGGACCAACCGGCCUGUUGGUCCUGUGGACCGGUUGGACCAACCGGCCUGUUGGUCCUGUGGACCGGUUGGACCAACCGGCCUGUUGGUCCUGUGGACCGGUUGGACCAACCGGCCUGUUGGUCCUGUGGACCGGUUGGACCAACCGGCCUGUUGGUCCUGUGGACCGGUUGGACCAACCGGCCUGUUGGUCCUGUGGACCGGUUGGACCAACCGGCCAGUUGGUCCUGUGGACCGGUUGGACCAACCGGCCUGUUGGUCCUGUGGACCGGUUGGACCAACCGGCCUGUUGGUCCUGUGGACCGGUUGGACCAACCGGCCUGUUGGUCCUGUGGACCGGUUGGACCAACCGGCCUGUUGGUCCUGUGGACCGGUUGGACCAACCGGCCUGUUGGUCCUGUGGACCGGUUGGACCAACCGGCCUGUUGGUCCUGUGGACCGGUUGGACCAACCGGCCUGUUGGUCCUGUGGACCGGUUGGACCAACCGGCCUGUUGGUCCUGUGGACCGGUUGGACCAACCGGCCUGUUGGUCCUGUGGACCGGUUGGACCAACCGGCCUGUUGGUCCUGUGGACCGGUUGGACCAACCGGCCUGUUGGUCCUGUGGACCGGUUGGACCAACCGGCCUGUUGGUCCUGUGGACCGGUUGGACCAACCGGCCAGUUGGUCCUGUGGACCGGUUGGACCAACCGGCCUGUUGGUCCUGUGGACCGGUUGGACCAACCGGCCUGUUGGUCCUGUGGACCGGUUGGACCAACCGGCCUGUUGGUCCUGUGGACCGGUUGGACCAACCGGCCUGUUGGUCCUGUGGACCGGUUGGACCAACCGGCCUGUUGGUCCUGUGGACCGGUUGGACCAACCGGCCAGUUGGUCCUGUGGACCGGUUGGACCAACCGGCCUGUUGGUCCUGUGGACCGGUUGGACCAACCGGCCUGUUGGUCCUGUGGACCGGUUGGACCAACCGGCCUGUUGGUCCUGUGGACCGGUUGGACCAACCGGCCUGUUGGUCCUGUGGACCGGUUGGACCAACCGGCCUGUUGGUCCUGUGGACCGGUUGGACCAACCGGCCAGUUGGUCCUGUGGACCGGUUGGACCAACCGGCCUGUUGGUCCUGUGGACCGGUUGGACCAACCGGCCUGUUGGUCCUGUGGACCGGUUGGACCAACCGGCCUGUUGGUCCUGUGGACCGGUUGGACCAACCGGCCUGUUGGUCCUGUGGACCGGUUGGACCAACCGGCCUUGGUCCUGUGGACCGGUUGGACCAACCGGCCUGUUGGUCCUGUGGACCGGUUGGACCAACCGGCCAGUUGGUCCUGUGGACCGUUGGACCAACCGGCCAGUUGGUCCUGUGGACCGGUUGGACCAACCGGCCUGUUGGUCCUGUGGACCGGUUGGACCAACCGGCCUGUUGGUCCUGUGGACCGGUUGGACCAACCGGCCAGUUGGUCCUGUGGACCGGUUGGACCAACCGGCCUGUUGGUCCUGUGGACCGGUUGGACCAACCGGCCUGUUGGUCCUGUGGACCGGUUGGACCAACCGGCCUGUUGGUCCUGUGGACCGGUUGGACCAACCGGCCUGUUGGUCCUGUGGACCGGUUGGACCAACCGGCCAGUUGGUCCUGUGGACCGGUUGGACCAACCGGCCUGUUGGUCCUGUGGACCGGUUGGACCAACCGGCCUGUUGGUCCUGUGGACCGGUUGGACCAACCGGCCUGUUGGUCCUGUGGACCGGUUGGACCAACCGGCCUGUUGGUCCUGGGACCGGUUGGACCAACCGGCCUGUUGGUCCUGUGGACCGGUUGGACCAACCGGCCUGUUGGUCCUGUGGACCGGUUGGACCAACCGGCCUGUUGGUCCUGUGGACCGGUUGGACCAACCGGCCUGUUGGUCCUGUGGACCGGUUGGACCAACCGGCAGUUGGUCCUGUGGACCGGUUGGACCAACCGGCCAGUUGGUCCUGUGGACCGGUUGGACCAACGGGCCUGUUGGUCCUGUGGACCGGUUGGACCAACGGCCUGUUGGUCCUGUGGACCGGUUGGACCAACGGCCUGUUGGUCCUGUGGACCGGUUGGACCAACCGGCCUGUUGGUCCUGUGGGACCGGUUGGACCAACCGGCCUGUUGGUCCUGUGGACCGGUUGGACCAACCGGCCUGUUGGUCCUGUGGACCGGUUGGACCAACCGGCCUGUUGGUCCUGUGGACGGUUGGACCAAACGGCCUGUUGGUCCUGUGGACCGGUUGGACCAACCGGCCAGUUGGUCCUGUGGACCGGUUGGACCAACCGGCCAGUUGGUCCUGUGGACCGGUUGGACCAACCGGCCUGUUGGUCCUGUGGACCGGUUGGACCAACGGCCUGUUGGUCCUGUGGACCGGUUGGACCAACCGGCCUGUUGGUCCUGUGGACCGGUUGGACCAACCGGCCUGUUGGUCCUGUGGACCGGUUGGACCAACCGGCCUGUUGGUCCUGUGGACCGGUUGGACCAACCGGCCUGUUGGUCCUGUGGACCGGUUGGACCAACCGGCCAGUUGGUCCUGUGGACCGGUUGGACCAACCGGCCUGUUGGUCCUGUGGACCGGUUGGACCAACCGGCCUGUUGGUCCUGUGGACCGGUUGGACCAACCGGCCUGUUGGUCCUGUGGACCGGUUGGACCAACCGGCCAGUUGGUCCUGUGGACCGGUUGGACCAACCGGCCUGUUGGUCCUGUGGACCGGUUGGACCAACCGGCUGUUGGUCCUGUGGACCGGUUGGACCAACCGGCCUGUUGGUCCUGUGGACCGGUUGGACCAACCGGCCUGUUGGUCCUGUGGACCGGUUGGACCAACCGGCCUGUUGGUCCUGUGGACCGGUUGGACCAACCGGCCUGUUGGUCCUGUGGACCGGUUGGACCAACCGGCCUGUUGGUCCUGUGGACCGGUUGGACCAACCGGCCUGUUGGUCCUGUGGACCGGUUGGACCAACCGGCCUGUUGGUCCUGUGGACCGGUUGGACCAACCGGCCUGUUGGUCCUGUGGACCGGUUGGACCAACCGGCCUGUUGGUCCUGUGGACCGGUUGGACCAACCGGCCUGUUGGUCUGUGGACCGGUUGGACCAACCGGCCUGUUGGUCCUGUGGACCGGUUGGACCAACCGGCCUGUUGGUCCUGUGGACCGGUUGGACCAACCGGCCAGUUGGUCCUGUGGACCGGUUGGACCAACCGGCCAGUUGGUCCUGUGGACCGGUUGGACCAACCGGCUUGUGGUCCUGUGGACCGGUUGGACCAACCGGCCUGUUGGUCCUGUGGACCGGUUGGACCAACCGGCCUGUUGGUCCUGUGGACCGGUUGGACCAACCGGCCUGUUGGUCCUGUGGACCGGUUGGACCAACCGGCCUGUUGGUCCUGUGGACCGGUUGGACCAACCGGCCAGUUGGUCCUGUGGACCGGUUGGACCAACCGGCCUGUUGGUCCUGUGGACCGGUUGGACCAACCGGCCUGUUGGUCCUGUGGACCGGUUGGACCAACCGGCCUGUUGGUCCUGUGGACCGGUUGGACCAACCGGCCUGUUGGUCCUGUGGACCGGUUGGACCAACCGGCCUGUUGGUCCUGUGGACCGGUUGGACCAACCGGCCUGUUGGUCCUGUGGACCGGUUGGACCAACCGGCCUGUUGGUCCUGUGGACCGGUUGGACCAACCGGCCUGUUGGUCCUGUGGACCGGUUGGACCAACCGGCCUGUUGGUCCUGUGGACCGGUUGGACCAACCGGCCUGUUGGUCCUGUGGACCGGUUGGACCAACCGGCCUGUUGGUCCUGUGGACCGGUUGGACCAACCGGCCUGUUGGUCCUGUGGACCGGUUGGACCAACCGGCCUGUUGGUCCUGUGGACCGGUUGGACCAACCGGCCUGUUGGUCCUGUGGACCGGUUGGACCAACCGGCCAGUUGGUCCUGUGGACCGGUUGGACCAACCGGCCAGUUGGUCCUGUGGACCGGUUGGACCAACCGGCCUGUUGGUCCUGUGGACCGGUUGGACCAACCGGCCUGUUGGUCCUGUGGACCGGUUGGACCAACCGGCCUGUUGGUCCUGUGGACCGGUUGGACCAACCGGCCAGUUGGUCUGUGGACCGGUUGGACCAACCGGCCUGUUGGUCCUGUGGACCGGUUGGACCAACCGGCCUGUUGGUCCUGUGGACCGGUUGGACCAACCGGCCAGUUGGUCCUGUGGACCGGUUGGACCAACCGGCCAGUUGGUCCUGUGGACCGGUUGGACCAACCGGCCAGUUGGUCCUGGGACCGGUUGGACCAACCGGCCUGUUGGUCCUGUGGACCGGUUGGACCAACCGGCCUGUUGGUCCUGUGGACCGGUUGGACCAACCGGCCAGUUGGUCCUGGGACCGGUUGGACCAACCGGCCUGUUGGUCCUGUGGACCGGUUGGACCAACCGGCCUGUUGGUCCUGUGGACCGGUUGGACCAACCGGCCUGUUGGUCCUGUGGACCGGUUGGACCAACCGGCCUGUUGGUCCUGUGGACCGGUUGGACCAACCGGCCAGUUGGUCCUGUGGACCGGUUGGACCAAACGGCCUGUUGGUCUGUGGACCGGUUGGACCAACCGGCCUGUUGGUCCUGUGGACCGGUUGGACCAACCGGCCUGUUGGUCCUGUGGACCGGUUGGACCAACCGGCCAGUUGGUCCUGUGGACCGGUUGGACCAACCGGCCUGUUGGUCCUGUGGACCGGUUGGACCAACGGCCUGUUGGUCCUGUGGACCGGUUGGACCAACCGGCCAGUUGGUCCUGUGGACCGGUUGGACCAACCGGCCUGUUGGUCCUGUGGACCGGUUGGACCAACCGGCCUGUUGGUCCUGUGGACCGGUUGGACCAACGGCCAGUUGGUCCUGUGGACCGGUUGGACCAACCGGCCUGUUGGUCCUGUGGACCGGUUGGACCAACGGCCUGUUGGUCCUGUGGACCGGUUGGACCAACCGGCCAGUUGGUGUGUGGACCGGUUGGACCAACGGCCAGUUGGUCCUGUGGACCGGUUGGACCAACCGGCCUGUUGGUCCUGUGGACCGGUUGGACCAACGGCCUGUUGGUCCUGUGGACCGGUUGGACCAACCGGCCUGUUGGUCCUGUGGACCGGUUGGACCAACCGGCCUGUUGGUCCUGUGGACCGGUUGGACCAACCGGCCUGUUGGUCCUGUGGACCGGUUGGACCAACCGGCCUGUUGGUCCUGUGGACCGGUUGGACCAACCGGCCAGUUGGUCCUGUGGACCGGUUGUGGACCAACCGGCCUGUUGGUCCUGUGGACCGGUUGGACCAACCGGCCUGUUGGUCCUGUGGACCGGUUGGACCAACCGGCCUGUUGGUCCUGUGGACCGGUUGGACCAACCGGCCUGUUGGUCUGUGGACCGGUUGGACCAACCGGCCUGUUGGUCCUGUGGACCGGUUGGACCAACCGGCCUGUUGGUCCUGUGGACCGGUUGGACCAACCGGCCUGUUGGUCCUGUGGACCGGUUGGACCAACCGGCCUGUUGGUCCUGGGACCGGUUGGACCAACCGGCCAGUUGGUCCUGUGGACCGGUUUGGACCAACCGGCCUGUUGGUCCUGUGGACCGGUUGGACCAACCGGCCUGUUGGUCCUGUGGGACCGGUUGGACCAACCGGCCUGUUGGUCCUGUGGACCGGUUGGACCAACCGGCCUGUUGGUCCUGUGGACCGGUUGGACCAACCGGCCUGUUGGUCUGUGGACCGGUUGGACCAACCGGCCUGUUGGUCCUGUGGACCGGUUGGACCAACCGGCCUGUUGGUCUGUGGACCGGUUGGACCAACCGGCCAGUUGGUCCUGUGGACCGGUUGGACCAACCGGCCAGUUGGUCCUGUGGACCGGUUGGACCAACCGGCCUGUUGGUCCUGUGGACCGGUUGGACAAACGGGCCAGUUGGUCCUGUGGACCGGUUGGACCAACCGGCCUGUUGGUCCUGUGGACCGGUUGGACCAACGGCCGUUGGUCCUGUGGACGGUUGGACCAACCGGCCUGUUGGUCCUGUGGACCGGUUGGACCAACCGGCCUGUUGGUCCUGUGGACCGGUUGGACCAACGGCCUGUUGGUCCUGUGGACGGUUGGACCAACCGGCCAGUUGGUCCUGUGGACGGUUGGACCAACCGGCCUGUUGGUCCUGUGGACCGGUUGGACCAACGGCCAGUUGGUCUGUGUGGACCGGUUGGACCAACCGGCAGUUGGUCCUGUGGACCGGUGGGACCAACCGGCCAGUUGGUCCUGUGGACCGGUUGGACCAACCGGCCAGUUGGUCCUGUGGACCGGUUGGACCAACCGGCCUGUUGGUCUGUGUGGACCGGUUGGACAAACCGGCCUGUUGGUCCUGUGGACCGGUUGGACCAAACCGGCCCAUGGUCCUGUGGACCGGUUGGACCAACCGGCCUGUUGGUCCUGUGGACCGGUUGGGACCAAACGGCCUGUUGGUCCUGUGGACCGGUUGGACAAACCGGCCAGUUGGUCCUGUGGACCGGUUGGACCAACGGCCAGUUGGUCCUGUGGGAACGGUUGGACCAACCGGCUGUUGGUCUGUGGAGGUUGGACCAACCGGCCUGUUGGUCCUGUGGACCGGUUGGACCAACGGCCUGUUGGUCCUGUGGACGGUUGGACCAACGGCCAGUUGGUCCUGUGGACCAGGUUGGACCAACCGGCCUGUUGGUCCUGUGGACGGUUGGACCAAACGGCCAGUUGGUCUGUGGACCGGUUGGACCAACCGGCCAAUGGUCCUGUGGACCGGUUGGACCAACCGGCCAGUUGGUCCUGUGGACCGGUUGGACCAACCGGCAGUUGGUCCUGUGGACCGGUGGACCAACCGGCCUGUGGUCCUGGGACCG